GAUUGGUUGCUGUUUGGAGGGAACAAAAUGUCAUUUAUUUUCUGUAACGGAAACUUUGGAUGGUACAGUGAGUAAAGUUUUGAACACUUGUGGAACAAUAGGCCUUGAAGUAUUUUUAUGAUGAUAUUAUAAGGAGAUAUCUACAAUCACUUGAGUUAAUUUUUGGAAAUCCAUAACAAUUAAUUGUUGAAUAGCAAAUUAAGGAUGGCUCUUGAAGAAAACAAGAGGUCUCCAUUGAAAUUGGUUCAGUUACCUGAGAAUGUACCAGAUGAGCUAAAAGACGAUGUUGCUUCCAUGAUGAAAAAGAUGGAACAUCACAUUGUGAAAAGAAAUGGUAAACCGUACGAUUGGACAUUAAAUGAUUUUGAAAUUGGAGCCCCAAUGGGAAGAGGCAAGUUUGGAAGAGUCUACUUGGCUAGAGAAAAAACCACUCGUGCUGUGGUUGCUCUUAAGAUGCUCUUUAAAUCCGAACUGGUUAAAAGUGGGAUGCAACACCAACUGGUACGUGAAAUAGAAAUUCAAGGCCAUUUAAACCAUCCCAACGUUCUGAGCAUGUUGACCUACUUUGCAUCGGACAAACAUGUUUUCUUGGUCCUGGAAUUUGCUGCCGGAGGAGAGUUGUACAGAUACCUACAGAAUCAGCCAAAUAAAAGAUUUAAUGAAAACAAGACUGCCAAAUAUAUUUAUCAAGUUGCUGAUGCAUUACACUACUGCCAUCAUAAUAAAGUUAUACACAGAGAUAUCAAACCCGAAAAUUUGUUAUUGACCCUGGACGGUGACAUAAAACUUGCAGAUUUUGGCUGGUCAGUUCAUGUUGGAAACUCUCGCCGUAAGACCAUGUGUGGCACAUUAGACUACCUACCUCCCGAGAUGGUUAAGAAUAAAGACUAUGAUGAUAAAGUUGAUAACUGGUGUUUGGGGGUCUUGUGUUACGAGUUUUUGGUCGGAAACCCUCCUUUUGAGAGCGCUGAGAGUAAACAGACUUUUAAAAAAAUCGUUGAAGUUGCUGUAACUUACCCUCCGGUCAUCCCCCCGGGUGCUAAAGAUCUGAUAUCAAGACUACUGAGAUUCAAACCAGAGGAAAGAUUGUCACUUCCGAACGUGAUGAAACAUUUUUGGAUAGAAAAGAACAGAGGAAAGUAGUGCUGUUCUUUGUGUACUUUUGUAGAAACAAUUAAACUGUUGUAAUGAUUGGUUAGUGUGAUUGUUAAUGUGUUACCACGCAUAGUGUGAGAGUAUAAAAGUUUCACUAUCAUGUAAUUUUGAUCAGUACUAUAAAAUUGAUUAUUGUUUCUACUAAAGUACUGUUAGUAUUUAUGAACAUAACACAGUAUAACAUAAUUGUACAGUAUAUAUAAACCAUAUCCAGUAAGUGUCUAUUAUUGUAAUUUAGAUAUAAUAAUUUCUUAAAAAAAGAGUGUUCUCAAAAUAUAUGUGGACUUUAUUUAUUUUAGUGUAUGUACAGUAAAUGAUAAUGCAUAUUGCUUAAACUUGAUGGUUUCUUGCUCUCAGUGAAUGUCUAUCAAUACUUCUCCUCUAAAGGAUGGACUCUUUAGUGCUUUGUGUUUCUGGUUACACAAACAUACAACACACAAAUUUGGUUUGUUAAGUUGUUCAUUUAUUAGUGUUAGUUAGCUUUUAUCAAUGUUAUUUUAAUCAAAAGUAAAAUAAUUUUGUGAUUUUAAA